CAAUGACGCUCAAGUGGUCUUGUUUACUAAAGAAAGAAAGCAUGUGGCUGCAUAUUCAGGUGCUUUCGUAGUAGACUGUGAUUGCUUCCCUCUAGUAAUGUUUUCGGCAAGGCGAUCAGAAUUUACACUGGCAAUUUGACUACGCGACUCGCUUUCUAGAUCGAACAAACGCCAGCCGAAGACGGUGUGAUUCGACGGAUGGAAACUAGAACGAGUAAUUCAUAGCUGUCGUGGAGAAGUGUAAUUGCCAACUUCCUAGUAAAAAUCAUAAAAAAUGUGGGGUCGCAGCGACUGUGCUAUCUACGCCACUGAGUUUUCACCGUUCCGAGGUGACCUUCUUGCAGUCGGUGCAGCGCAGUUUUUCGGGAUUGUAGGCUCCGGAAAGGCUGGCGUCUUUCAGUUCAGCGGAGGUCAGUGGGUGCCACUGAUGGAGUGGGUAACUGCUGACGGUGUCUACGACGUUGCGUGGAGCGAAGCAAACGAGCAUACGCUGUGUAGCGGUCAAGGAGAUGGGACAAUCAAAUUCUUCGAUCUGAAACAUCCGCAGGGACCUUUGAUGACGAUUAAAGAGCAUCAAGCAGAAAUUUUUACGACACUGAGAUGAAGUAGGAGGAUGGGAGUAUAAUAGAAAUUUUUAUUGCGUUGUAGAUACUCAGAUUUUCUGAGAAGGCGGACGAUCUUCGUUUAAAUCGUCUCAAGCUUUUUAUUCAAACUAGCCUCCUGGUGUGGUUCCCCACGGGAGGGAUGCGAUGGGAACCCGAGGCACUUGCUAGACAAGGCAGCGCAUGCGCGGACAUCUUUCAGCAGGCGCCAGAUUUGACCAGAACCCUCAGAAGUGUCACCGAGCAGGAUGGCCGGCAACUGACGCACUACAGUGGAUCAGAAUAGCAGCGCGGUGCGAUCCCGUGUGGGUGCGUUACGCCUGAAAGGGGAUGGGGGCACCUGCGGGCCUAUCUUCAAGCCGGUGAAGAAAUAGGCAGGCGCAUGCCCUUCGGGGCUGUUUCGUCCGCCGGGGUCGGGGGCCUUCAAAGGCCGCGCGGGUCCGCGUGGUUCAAAGAUGUAGGGCGGCGCGAGCCCAGGGGAGGGGUGAGGAAAGCGGGGCGCCAAAGGUUACGCUGUAACCUCCAAAAUUCAUGCCCUAGCCUUCGCAGCUCAUGCCCUAGCCUUCGCAGUUCAUGCCCUAGCUUUCGCAGUUCAUGCCCUAGCUUUCGCAGUUCAUGCCCUACCUUUUGCAGUUCAUGUCCUACCUUUUGCAGUUUAUGCCCUACCUUUUGCAGUUUAUGCCCUACCUUUUGCAGUUCAUGCCCUGCCUUUUGCAGUUCAUGCCCUAGCUUUCGCAGCUCAUGCCCUAGCCUUCGCAGCUCAUGCCCUAGCCUUCGCAGCUCAUGCCCUAGCCUUCGCAGCUCAUGCCCUAGCUUUUGCAGCUCAUGCCCUAGCUUUUGCAGCUCAUGCCCUAGCUUUCGCAGCUCAUGCCCUGGCCCUCGCAGCUCAUGCCUUAACUUUCGAAGUUCAUGCUGGAACUUUCAGGAUUCAUGUCGUGCCUUUCAGAAUUCACGCCCUAAAUUCCAAGACCCGUGCCCUGGCUUCAACACUUCCAAGGCUCAUGCCCUAACUUCUGAGGCUCAUGCCCUAACUUCUGAGGCUCAUGCCCUAACUUCUGAGGCUCAUGCCCUAACUUCUGAGGCUCAUGCCCUAACUUCUGAGGCUCAUACCCUAACUUCUGAGGCGCAUGCCCUAGCUUCUGAGGCGCAUGCCCUAACUUCUGAGGCGCAUGCCCUAACUUCUGAGGCUCAUGCCCUAACUUCUGAGGCUCAUGCCCUAACUUCUGAGGCUCAUGCCCUAACCUUCGAGGCUCAUGUCCUAGCCUUCGAGGCUCAUGCCCUAGCCUUCGAGGCUCAUGCCCUAGCCUUCGAGGCUCAUGCUCUAGCCUUCGAGGCGCAUGCCCUAGCCUUCGAGGCGCAUGCCCUAGCCUUCGAGGCACAUGCCCUAGCUUUCGAGGCUCAUGCCCGCCCUAGCCUUCGAGGCUCAUGCCCGAGCCUUCGAGGCUCAUGCCCUAACUUUCAAGAUUCGCGCCCGAACUUUCAGAAUUAAUGCCCUAGCGAACUUUCAGAAUUUAUGUCCUAGCUAACUUUCAGGCUUUAUGCCCUAGCUGAAUUUUAGAAUCUGCGUCCUAGCUAACUUUCGGCAUUCAUGCUCUAACUUUCGAAAUUUAUGCCCUAACUUUCGAAGUUUAUGCCCUAACUUUCGAAGUUUAUGCCCUAACUUUCGAAAUUUAUGCCCUAACGUUCGAAAUUUAUGCCCUAACUUUCGAAAUUUAUGCCCUAACUUUCGAAAUUUAUGCCCUAACUUUCGAAAUUUAUGCCCCAACUACUUUCGAAAUUUAUGCCCUUGCUUUCAAAUUUCACGCCUUGACUUUCAAAAUUCAUGCCCUACUUUUCGAAAUUCGUGGCCUAUUUUUUUUUCGCAAUUCGUGAGAUGCGUGAGCGGCAAACAUCUGUGCGUUUUUUCCGUGUGGUCGCCGCGUCUAUUUGUGUCGUGUGCGCAUUGAUUUUCAAAGUUCAAAAUCAAAACUCUAACGCAAAAUUUAGAAUUUCAAAGUCAAAAUCUAAAAUCAAAGCUCAAUGCAAAAUCUACGAUCAAAAUCAAAAAAUCAAGACGAAGGCAAAACUUUACACAAAUAAAGAGAAUGAGCAGUCAGCUGAAGAUGACGGCGCUCCUCCUUCUUUCAUACCCAAUGGAGUACACUGGAACGGACAAGCGCGGAAUCUGAUCUGCACCGCGUCGUGGGACCAGACAAGCAUCGUUUUUGACGUACAGGGAAAAGCAACCUUGCGGCGGUACAGAAGUCAUGCGAAAGUCGGCUACUGUGCCGUGUGGUCGCCCUACGAAGAGGGAACUUUCGCGACGGUCGGAGGCGAUGGAAGACUGAAUAUUUUCGACAUCAAAGCACCGGGGGACCUGCGGCCUGUGGCGGCGGCGCAGGCGCAUCAAUUUGAGGUUCUUAGCUGUGACUGGCACAAGUACAAUCCAAACAUGCUCGUCACCGGAAGUGUGGACAAAAGCCUGAGGACCUGGGAUCGACGGAACCUCUCGGCACCACUCGCCACGCUCUUCUUAUGAUAUCAUUAACGCUGGCUUUGUUCUCAACGACAUACACUAUAUCACUCUAGAUGACUGACAGAAUGAUGUGUCUUCAUAAUAAGAUAAGUACGUAUUAUGGUAACAAUUACUUGGUCAUGUAGACUGGUCGAUUGAGAUCGAAGGUGAAUAACAAAGAUUUGAAAAUAUAUUUUGGGAAUCACUACCAACGCCUGAGGCCGGGAUAAGGAAGAAAGCCACAUAGGACACCCCGUCUAAUUCCCGGUCACCAACUAGCUGUUCGUCGCGUAAAAUGCCACCCACACCGAGGAAACUUCAUAGGAUCCGCAGGCUACGACAUGGCCGUACGGCUUUGGGACAUCGAGAUGGGUGGUCAGAUGGUCCAAGCCUUUGACCAUCAUCAAGAAUUCGUUAUUGGUCUGGACUUUUCGCUUUUCGAAAGUUAUGCAGGGCUUGAUUUUUUUGAUAUGGUGUUGUAGAUGGGAGAGGGAGACGGAAUCCUCAAUAUCGAUUCAACUUGUACAUCGAUUCAACUUGUACUGAUUUGCUGGUAUGAUCAGCAGACUUCUUCAAUGAGAUCAUCAGCUUUGGAGGUACCAAAAGGUAGUGCUCAGAGGGAUCAGUAGAGUUAGAACUCACCUUCAGGACUCUACUCCGAAUGAGCAACAUCAACAACUGUCCAUGAUCAGUUCUUUUUCCUGAAGUGGAAAAUUCUCGAUCUAAGAAAGUGGUCUAGUUGCUAGCGGAAGCUGGGAUCGGACAUUCUGCGUAUGGAACCAUGAGCGAGGACCCCCAAUGCCAGCACCUCCCGGAUAUUUUCGACCGAAACAAGGAAUGCCAUCUGGGAUGCCGCCGGGUGGCGGCCCUAUCAUGCCUGGUGGGAACGCCUCCGCUCUGCCACAAACGGGUAGCGGCGCGAUGCCUGGAAGCGGAGCUCUCGCCCAGACGGCUGAAGUCCCCGUUCUUGCUUCAUGUUGAGUCUGUCUAGACAUGAUAAAAAUGUAAAUGACUUAUGCACGCAGUUUCUGCAUAAUGCUGAUUUUUUGGAUUCAUUUCUUGUAACGGUUUUGGAUUUGGGCAGCGACUCACUGGUCGUAUGUAUCCAUCUUUCAGAGUAAAGAUUAAUAAAUAUAUAUGUUUUUAUCUUUAUGCUUCCUGUAGUGUGCCGCAGAAAGGUUUUUCAGGGUCCUCGCAUGGCGUACUAUAAGAAUCGGCAGAAUCAGAAUUACCGACGCCGCGAACGCCGAUUUUGAAUGUGUCUGGUCAUAGGCUGGUCAUAGGCGAUCCUGAUCCCGC